CACCGGCUGCGGGAGGAAGGGUCAGGGCUGGCAAGUCGGUGGGAACGCUUGACCCUUCCUCCCGAGCAAGCCGUGUGGAAUGCCCACGGGCUCUGAAAGCACUUCCCAAAGAAUAGAGCUCGCCAAGAUAAGUCCACCCCACGCAAAACGGAAUCAAAAGGUUUUUCGUAAUUUAAGAACACAUGAGAGCGCCUGAUGUGUUUAUCGUAUGGUUAUUUGUGUCCUUCGUAGUAUUUCCACGUGCCUUGGCCGCGGUCUGCAGCUCUGCUGAUCGAGUGCCGUAAGGUCACUGGGGCUUCAGAGGAGCCUGACUUCUAAGGAGAGAAAAAAGACCCCGUAUUUACUGUUACUUCUCUUUAGCUCUUGUUCUAAAUGGCUAAGAACAGCUUGACUCUUAUGAGGCACUUAACAUGCAUACCGAACUUCAUCAAGAUACUAUAAAAGUAUUACAAGUUUUUCAUUAGGACCUUGCAUUAGAACAAUUUAAUAUAGAACUUUAGCUAAAACCUCCAAAAAUAUUUUUGAUAUUUCAGGUAAAGCAAAAAGAACAGAGAAGAUAAACUGGUUGCUCUUAAUCAUUUCACCUUAGCUGGAAUAAAAGCUUUAGAUAAUACGUGUUGGGAUGUGACUGAACACCUGAAGAUUGAGAUAUAAACCUGAACCACAUUACAGAAGGGCAGAAAAAUUUUAAUUAUGGUAUACAUUUGUAAGUAUGAGAAUUUUAGCCCUGUUUCAUCUGGAUACAGUCACCAUGACUAGGGCAGGGCUUUCUUGCAUCACACAUUUGUGGCACUUUCAGGUUGUGAUGGUUUGUGUUCCUAUGAAGAACGCAAAGAGCUUGUGAAGGAAAUUUAACUGCAUCGAAGGACAUCUUAAAAAUCCUUUCAUUUUUUCUUUAUAGGCUUUCUCCAGUUGUCUUUUGAUUUUGUUUUCUUUUUAACUGGAUUUGCUCUGUGGUAUUCUGUGGUCUUGUUGACUUUUUUUUGAAGAACUCUUCCUCUGUUGUGUUAACAGCAAUGCAUUUCAGCUGGGGAAGGCACUGAUGUAGAGGGAAGCGAGGUUCUUGGUGUUACCAGUGUGAAACCACAAUAGUACCUGACAAAAGUGUUAGCCUAGGCGUGGCAUUGGGAAACAUCCAUGGUAUACUUAGAGCUGUUUCACUUUAUGGUGUAGGUGGAUUCUUACCUUGUCUGUUUUACAAAAGAUAAUUAUGUUGUUUUGAAUUAGUGUCUAAAUAUGAUGUAGUAAUAAUUUUGGGGGGUUGUAGUUCUGAGGUGUUGCAUGGACUCAUCUUUCACUCCAACCUGUGUACUGAUCUGUAGUCUAUGCUAAAUGGCUGGCAUAAUAUAGUUCUUCUGCAUGUGAAUUUAGCUCUGGUAAAAGUUGCUGAAUUAUUAAUCCUUGAGUUUUAGGUUUUGAGGUUGCUGCCUUUGUUUUUCCUUUGGAGGCUCUGCUACUAUAAAAAUUUCAGCAGGACAUUAGUUAGAUGUCAGUUACACUGCCUCUCAGAAUUAAGUAAGGCUAUACAUUUAUAUUUUCUCAUGAAUCCAGCUGUGGUUAAGGAAGAGGUUAAAUUUUCCAGCUGUUUCUUUUCACUACUCCAUUGAGGAUUUUUUACCUCAUCAUUGGUUGGUUUAUGUAACUGAUGUGCCGUCCAUCUAAAACAUUGCCUGUGUUAGCUCAGACCACCAUUUAAAACCAUUUCAGUUGACCUGGCUGACAUUUUUUACAGUUAUGUAAGGUGAACUCAUGAGACCUACUUUCUGAAAGUAAAUGACAGGUUUAAGUUGUGGUGGUGCAAACCCUCCCCCUCUUGGGCCACUUGCUGCAAUUCCCCCUUCCUGGGCCACACAGAGAUGGAGUGGAAGUAGGAUGAGUAAGGUAUGACUUUUGAAAGGCAGUGUACUACAGCGUUAAGGCACCCUCAUCACAUACCUGGCUUCUGCUUCCCCUAUUCUUCUGGGGACAAUAAUGACAAUCUAUUACCUCCUGACAACCUAGCACAUCUAUAUCUAGAUCCUAAGCAGAGGAAUGGAGUGUUUAAGGCACUCCCUCAACAGACCUGUCUCCUGCUCUUAUCUCAUGGGAAGAGUAAUGACAGUCAGUUACCACCUGACAACCUGGUACAUCUGUACUUGGGUCAUGACUCAAAGGGGGAUGAUACCAGAGCUCCAGACUCUAGCUAAAGUCCUAGGCCUGUGCAACUGGCAGAAAGUACUAGAAUAUUUAAUUAUCUGAGUUGGGCCAAAAUGCAGAAGUACCCAAUAGAAGUAAAUUAUCUUGGAUUGUAUAAAUUAUUGAUUCUAAGUAAGACCCUUUGAGCUGUCCUGGAUCGCAGUGGGCUGUGACCAGAAUCUCCCUUAAGCUGGGAUGCCUCUCAAGCAUAAACUCCUUGAGGACCAUCUGUUGAGCUGGAUGGAGGCCAAGGCAAGUCAUCCUUCUUGAGGCUCAGUUAUUGACUGUUGAGGAAUGCUGAUGCAUUUUAUUUACUCUGAACUCCAGAACAGGGACAAUUUUAUCUAGUCUAGCUUCUACCCACCUCUCUACCUAUCUGUGUGUUUGAAUAUACAUAUUUGUGUUCAUGAGUGUGGGCAUCUAUGUAUUUCACUGGAUCAAAAUACUUCUGUCUGCGUGCUUUGUGUUUAACACGUAUAUACAUAUAUAUUGAUUUAGGAUACCUUGUAGUAAGUUAGUGUGGAUCUUGAGAUUUUCUAAUCUGUAAGUCACUGUUUUGAUUAUAAUAUAUUCUACUGAGUCACUUGUUAAUCUUUAAAUUGGUUAAUCAUUAAGUGCUGCUAAAAUCCAACCUUUUGAUCUGCCUCACACCAUUAAUAUACUUUGAAUUGCUGAUAAAUCAUGACCAGGUCAAAACAUUUCAUCUGCUGCGUAAGUCUCUACCAAGUAAGUAAUGACAGUCAUUGAGAGGCUGUAAGCUUUUUGUUGAUGUACCUAGAUCAGGAUGAGGUGAUCUAUCUUGUGAAAUCAAGCUGAAAAUUGUUUUUAUCUUUGUGAUGGUGCUAUGUGUGCUAUAUUGGCCUAAUGGCUUCAGCAAUGGAAGUGCCUUUCACCAUAGGAAGUAAAUACAAUUGCCCUCACAUUGCUAUGUAAUGUAGUUUCCAGCCUAGAGCCUGCUACAUGAUUUUUCUGCCCCUUCCCCCCAAUAUUUAGGAUGUCUACAUGAAUAAGCUAUUCUCAUUCCUGCCUGUCUGGUGUUCUUUAUGUGAUUUGGUUUCUUGCUUUCUUUUUUAAGUUGUAAUUGUAAUGAUGCAGCUUGAAUCAGUGUGGGUUAGCUAAGUGUAUUAUGUGUCACUGUAGUGUUUCUGUUCAGGCAAUUCUGGAGUGGUUCUCAUGUUGCUGUUGCAUAUGGACCACCAGCAAAGUUCACAAAGUACUUUGUCUCCUUCCAACCAGACUUCUCAGCUUCCUCAUGUGGCUGCUCCUGUUCUGAGGUGACCAGUUAAUACAUAACACCUUCGUGAAAACACCUGCCUUAUGUUCCGUUGCACCUUGUGCUCUGAUGCUCCAGCAGUCAUGAUCAUCUCAUCAGUCUAAUGUUCUUACAUGUGCUUUCUGCAAAUCUGAAUGCAUCUUCAUUUUGUUUCUGUAUUUGAGCCCACGCUGAAGUUCAAAAAUUUCUUGUGCUUCAGCUUUGUCCCCGUGUGCAAAACACCUUCAUUUAGAAUCACAGAACUGAAAACUGUAUGAGGCUGUUUGAAGGGAAGAGGCAGCUGAGGAUCACCAGAGUGAAUCAUGGACUUGAAGGUCUUAAGCAGAUUCAGGUAGGAGGAAAUUGCACUGCAGAAAAUGGACAUGACAGCGCUGCCUUUGAGUUGUUUUGUGUAUCAUGCCCAAGGGAAAGGUGUGGUGCUGAGAAGCUCCACGUGGAAGGAUCAGAACCAAGACCUGGUCACAUUGCAGAAGCCCUGUUGUAGCUAUGUAGGUAGUUACAUAAGUCUGAAGAUUUGUGCUUUGGAGCCCGAGUCUUUUGCAGCCACUUCCCUUUGUUCCCAGCUGCUUUAGAGUUGUAGUAUCGUCUAUAAGAAGAAAGUAAACCUGUCUUCAUUUGCAUCAACAGCUACAGCAAGCCCAAGAUUUGGGGAAGUAGCAUUUGCAUUUAUUGCUAGCCCUGACUGCUGCCAGUGCAGAAAACUCUGAAUAAGCAUUCUUAAAAAUUCUGCUUUUCCUUCCUCCAUGAUGUCACCUGCAUGUGUGUGCCCAUAGUAAUAAGCAUCGUCUGUGAUCUUCAGUAAUACUCCUCUUUUACAGUAUCUUCUCAUCUUGGCAGAACCAGUCCUCACUCUUCUGUGUACCCUUUUGCUGGCUUUCCAGGCACUAAAAUAAACAUUCAUCCUUUGGCCAGGUCUCAGUCACAGAAAAAAAACAACAACCCAAACAAACCCAACAAAAAAAAAAUCCUUAAGAAUCAGAAAACAGUAAUAUAGCAUAAUACAGCAGUAUUAAAAUUAACCUUAUUAGGAGCAUCUGGCUCAGCUUUAUAAUUUUAUAUUUUACUUUUUUAUCAACCUCAAAUUUUUUGUGCAUUAGACUAUAUUGUAGCAUCUUAGCUAAGACUGCUAGUGUUUUUUAGAGACGGGACUCAAACAUUUUCCAAAAAGAAAAGCUUCUUGUUGUAUAAAUACAGCUAGAAAGUAAAAUGAUUUGGCCUCAGUUUUAUUUUAUUGGCUGCUUUCUUCUCUUGUGCUUGUAUUUAAAUACAUGUUUUACUGCAUUAAUAAGACUUCAAAUGCAAGUGAACAAACAUAGACAUAACCUUUGUAUUUUAAUGUGUGUUGUUAAAGCCUGGUUCAGAAGGGAGGUACCUGAGUAGUGGAAAUAAUACAGCAUUGCAUUGUUACAAGGUACACAUCAGCCUUUUUGUUCUGUUCUAGGCUGAAUUUAUAUUCAGAGAUGAAGUGUGCUGUAAAGCUUUUCAGUUUUUUCUGGUGUGGUUUUUGUGAAGCCACAUGUUUGAGAAUGGGGUAAAUUGCAUUCUGUACCUGCAACCUGUCGUUUUCUUUGUAGAUCUGCAUCCUCAUCAUAAAAUUCUUGCUCAAGUGUUGUGUAUGUUUUGAUGGCAAUUCUUAAUGCUUUGGAGCAGUGGAAUGAAGUUAAAUGCAAAAUGGGAGACAGGUUUAUCCAUCUCUUUUGGAGAUUUUUAAAGUAAUUGAGCUGUGUUUGGAGAACGACAGAAUAUUUGUUCCAAAUUCUUUAACUGAUUUAGGUGUGUAUUCUCAUAGUUUGGAUGUUUUAUGAGUCUUUUUAAAGUUUUAUUUUAAUUUGAUUGAAAGCACUGGACUGCUGUCAGGAAACUGACUUCUAGGCUAAUAUGUACACUGGAGUUAAGUCAGGCUUUGAGUAGACCUAACGUCUUCAGGGUCUAUACAGUGGUUUAGGAGUUGGCAGCUGCUGUGAUGAACAGAAGUGCAGGUUUUUUGCAUUAGUGGUAUAUCUGUAAAUAACAUAUUCUGAUUUUGAUGUACCAGGUUUCUUUGCCUAAUUCCCCACACGUUGGAGUGAAUCUUUUCUUGACCUGCAUGGAUAUGGAAACCUUUUCAAGAUGGUUAAGAACUGUGUUGAAGAGCCAAGUGGAAUGACAAGAGGGAGCAUCAACUUCUGCUGAUGUCUGAUUUGUAUGUUUGAAAGUAUGGUUUCCUGACAGAAGAGUGCAUUGUAUUUUUUAAAAACAGAUCUUUAUUAAAUGUGCCAUCAGCAGUGGUUUUGGAAAGAUGAGAAGGGAUCCACUGCGGGGCAGCCCUGUGAGGCUGAAAAUGUCUAUUAUUUCUGUUAUGUGUAUUCCAGUUAUGAGAGGGUUUUUUUUGUGAUUUCUGACCUUGGGGCUGCCAGCUUCAUGUGAACAAACUAAAACAAAAAGGAAGCUGAUUUUUAGAACAGAAAAUGCCACGGAGAAGGAAAACUGGUGGGAGUCCUUCUCAGAAGAAUGGCAGUUGUGACAGAACUGCUGUUGCUGUAUCCCAAGGGGACCCAAGCCAGUCAGCAUCACAAACAGUGCAUAGUGUCAAUAAGGAAGAGCUCUUCAACAGCAUGUCAGAGAUGUUUUCUGACCUAGAUCCUAGUGUGAUUUAUGUGGUUCUGUCUGAAUGUGAUUUUAAAGUGGAAAAUGCUAUGGAUUAUCUGCUAGAGCUAUCCACUCACGCCAAAGGAGCACCAUCUUCAAAAACCUUGGGUUUUGAUUCACUAGCAUCAUCACUAGCUCUUGCUAAUCAGGAAAGAUCUGUUGCAAGUGGGAGAAUGGGGGGAAGUGCUGUAGAACAAAGUGAUUCUAAAGAAGAAAAAGUCCUAUCACCUGAUGUGCAGCUGACUGAAGAACUGGAUUCAUUAUUAGAAAAUGCCUUUCAGAGAAACAGCUUAAGUGAUGAAUUGCCUAAUUCUGAAAAUGACCAAGUAGUGCAUAAGCACUCUGUGGAACAUGAUGGCUUUAAUGAAUUUCCUGAAUGGGAAGAAUCUGGUGCAGGUUGCAAUUACCUACUUUUUCCACAGCAAACAGGGACAAAUAAUGAGUUUUUAGAAAACUUUGGCUGUUCUCAGCCACCAGUGAGUCAGCUGAGUGCCCAGACAAGCUCACCAGCUGCAUCAGAUGCUUUUGCAGAGGUAUUGGAAGAUUCUGGCUUGUCAGAAAUAUGUGUUCAACAUGAUGUACCUUCGAAAGUCUAUAAAUUAUCAAAUGGAGAAAUAUCAUGUGGAAAUUCUGAACAAAAACAAGAUACUGCUUUGGAACAAAAAAGUGUGCCUGGUGCUUCUGGUGAGUCCUCCCAAAGACCUGUGGAGCUUGGAGUAGUUGUCACUGCAAAUCCUAAUUCGGGGUGCCUGGAACAGCACGAGGAGGUAGUGACUACCUUUGACAGCCACCAGAGCACUUCAUUUUCACAGGCAUAUGUCUCUCUUGAAACAUCCAGUUUCAAAACACCAAAACCUGCAGAUUUUCAGCAAACUCAGCAAGGUUGUAUCUUAAAUUUUUCUACGCUAUCAUGUCAGCCUCAGCAACACUGGAAUCUCAUGGCUCCUGUGUUUUACCCAUCUGGUGGAAGUCACAGCUUUGUAACUCCUGUGGCUCUCAGUCCAGAGCAGUGGAGACCUGUUUCAAACACUAGGCCUUUGGAAAAAGGACCUUUUUUUUCCUCUCCAGUGGUUUCAAAUGCCUGGGAUAGCAACUCUUCUCUGAAGGUAUGGGGAAGUCAAGAUAGAAACUCAAAAUUCAACCUCUCGCAAGCACAGCAGCCACCUGUUUGUCCCAUGAUGAGAAAAAAGAUGCACCUUAUAGGUCAAGUACUUGUUCUUCUCAGAGGUGUUCCAGGAUCAGGAAAAUCAUAUUUGGCAAGGACUUUGCUUGAGGAUAAUCCAGGUGGAAUAAUUCUUAGUACUGAUGAUUACUUUUAUAAACAUGGACAAUACCAUUACAAUCCUGAUUGCUUAGGGGAAGCGCAUGAGUGGAACAGGAAACGAGCUAAAGAAGCAUUUGAAAAGAGAAUCUCUCCAAUAAUAAUAGAUAACACAAACAUACAAGCAUGGGAGAUGAAGCCCUAUGUUACUUUGGCUCAGCAGUUUAAAUACAAAGUCAUGUUCCGAGAACCAGACACUUGGUGGAAAUUUAAGCCAAAAGAACUUGAAAGGCGAAACAUUCAUGGUGUAUCUAAAGAAAAGAUCAGAAGAAUGUUGGAACGGUAUGAGUUCUGCCUUACUGUUAGUUCAAUAUUGGAUUCUUCAGUCCCAGGAAAAUCGGAAGCUGCUGGCUGGAGUGAAGAUCCUUAUCAGGAGGAAAGCCAUAGAAAGAGAAAGCUGUGUUCUGAUGCGAAGGAAGAAAAACCUUUUUCUUCUGAUGUGGAGCCUCUUGAAUUAGCUGAAGAUGAUAAAACUUCUCCCAGUACUUCUCUAACGUUAGAAAGUAACUGUGAUUCUGAACAUCUUCAGAAAGAGGAAAAAGAAAUUGAAAAUAACUCAGUGGAACACAAUUCUGAGAACAGCACUGUCCAAGAUGACUGGGAUGUUUCUGUAACAGAUUCUGUAGAAAAAGAACUGCCCUUGGAGAAGAAAGAAGAAAAAGGAGAAAACACAGAAAAAAACACUGAAACAGAAAUGGAUAAGGCUGAUGUGACCAUGACUGAUGAGACUGUGUGCUUGCAUGCAGGAGGAGUUGAGGAACACAGUGAUAAUAACUUUCUCAAAGUUCAAACUGAAGUUGAACAGUUGGAUGAUACAUGUAUGGAACCAACAUCAACACAAAGUAGUAGUACACUGGAACCAAGCAGUUCAGCUUUUGACAUGUCACGCAAACCAGAACUGCUAAACUUCCUGGGUGACUGGCCUGUAGAACAAACAAUGGGACAGAGAAUCAAAAGAGCUAGAAGACUAGAAAAAGCUUCUUUGAAGAGUGAUAAGGAAAGUAAAACUCCCAGUCAGCAGCAUCCUGUGUUAGGUAAAGAGCAAGUGGGCCUGCAUGAGACCUGUACUAUUGAAAAAGGACAUGAGGAAGAAAGUCUAGCCUCUAGCUGUUCCUCAGUUAGUUCAGAUAAAGUUACACCAGAAUUGCAAAUAAUAGGACAUUGGCCUGUCUCAGGCUCAUUAGAACAGAGACAACAACGGUCACGGAGAAUGAGAAAGACGAGUCUAAAUCAGUCUGAUGAAGGUAGAAAUACUGAAGGUGACAUUAAUAGAAAAGCUCUAGAGACUGUAGAUGGGCUUUGUGGGACACAAGUGAACGUUGCAGAGAAACUGGAUACAAAGAGUUUGCAUAUGCACCAACCUGAAAUAGUAGCUAGUGAAACAGUAGGUGAGAAAAAAACCCAGCAGAAUAAGAGAAUGAGGAAACAUCACAAAUUAGCCCUUACUUUUAUGAACAACCAUUUGCCACAUCCUAAGGAAGAGGAACACUUGUCAGUGCUUAAUGCAGCAGAAGAGAAACAUGACACAUGCUCAUAUAGACAAAAAAGUAGCCAUUCGCAGACUGAGUCACAGGACUUUGCACUUCUAUGGAGAUUAGAAAAGAAAAUGCUUUUUCCUGAGACUACCAAAGUAUUACAUGGCAGACUCGAUGGCUUCAAACCCAAAGACUUAGAUAGUGCCUCAGAUUCUCAGGAAAAAAUACCCUAUCGAGUUAUGUAUGAUAAAAGUACAUUUGUGGAAGAAAGUGAACUUAUUAAUAUUGACGAGUCUGAAAAGCUAAAUAUGCUGUGUAAGCUCUUUGAGUCUGUUUCGUUUGAAGCUCUGAAAGAUCUGUAUGAAAGAUGUAACAAAGACAUAGACUGGGCCACAGGUCUGCUGUUAGACUGCAAUGAGAAGUUAUGCAAAGAUGUUGAUACUGAAUGUUUUCAAGUAAGAGAGGCUGAGCCAGUUGUCACAGGCCUUGAUUUCAAGGCAAAUACAAACUACGGUGAGAAACUCAAAGACUGUGAACAAGCGGCACAAAUAAUUGGGGCUGGUGAUAUCUCUGAGCGUUCAGAAGACAAGAAUUCAUCACUCAACACUGCAGAAAGCAGGGCUACCAAGGCAACUGUGACAGAUGUUGAUGUAUCUGGCUCAUUGACUGCUACCUCAUUGAGUGAUUCAGUGGAACUGAAAAAUUCUGAAGAUGCAGCCCCUAGAACUGAGGCAGGCAGCUCAGCUGCAGCUAUCAGUGAGACAUCCGUUUCCGGAAAGCAGAAGAUAGAGAAUGAGAGUCCUAUUGAAGAAAAUAUAAAUAAGCCAUCAGUCUCAAAAUUUAAUGCAGGUUCAUGUAUACCUGUGACUUUGUCUCAUGGUCCUAACACAACUUCUACCAAUUUGAAAUUUGAAUUAAAUAAUGAAAGUGUCAGUAACGCUUCAGAAGGCGAUGCUGAGAAUUCCAAAGUGACUGCUUUGUCACUGGAAAUGGAUCAUGCACCUCUGGUGGGUCCUAGAAAUGAUAAAGAACUGCAGACUGAUGAAGUAACCCAGAAGAGUUCCAGAGACAUACGUGGUAAAGAAGCUGAAACUCCAAGCUGGGAUGAAAGUAAAGUCCAGAUGCAAAGACCUGUACCAGCAUCACAUCCAGCCUUCAAUAUAGAUUGCCUAGAACUAACAUUACCUCCUGAACUGGCACUCCAACUGAAAGAAAUAUUUGGGCCUGUUGGCAUUGAUGCAGGAUCACUAACUGUUGAGGAUUGCGUGGUUCAUAUUGAUCUGAAUUUGGCAAGACUGAUUCAUGAAAAAUGGAAAGAAUCUAUUCUGAAGCGUCAGAGGAGAGAUGAAUCGUGUAAAUUGUCUGCAGAAGGUCCUACUGUGAUUCAGCAGAUAGAUACUGAUGACUCAGAAAUGCUGUUAUCUCAGAAUGCAGACAGUAAAAUACAGAAGAAAAAAAUGAGCUGGGUUUCAGGUUCAUCUAAUGACAUACAGGCAAAAAGAACAGCAUCGUCAGACAUUUUUCCUUUUAUGGAUCACUGGAAUGCUCAGAUUCAGAAGGUUUCUCUAAGACAAAUAAUUUCCGAAGAAAUAGCUAUGCAGGAGAAACAGGACCUGAUCACGGUGCAUUUCACUAUACAGAAUCGUGUUCCUUCUGUGGCUAGAAAAGACUGUGCUGCUAAACUAAAGGAGAAGCAACUUUUUGAGAUGUUUCCAACUAUUAAUCAAAAUUUCUUAAUGGACAUCUUCAAGGACAACAACUAUUCUUUAGAACAAACGGAACAAUUUCUGAACUGUGUUCUGGAGGGAGAUCCUGUAAAAACAGUUGUAGCUCAAGGAGUUGUUCUGCAAACUGAAAUUGUUUCUUCCUACAGUGCUGCAAAGAACUGGGAGAAGAAGGCAAAAAAAAGUAAGGAAGAGGAUGAUCCUUUGAGUGAAGUAUUUCAAGAUUUUGAGUAUCCACAAUAUGAAGAUUUAAGAGCAGAAGCUUUUUGUCACCAGCAAAAGAGAAAGGAAUGUUUGCAAAAAGCUGGGGAGGCCUAUCGCAUGGGUAUGAGGCCUGUGGCAGCAUUCUAUGCACAUCAGGGUCGUCUUCAUGAGCAGAAGAUGAAAGAGGCCAACCAUGCUGCUGCACUGCAAAUCUUUGAGAAAGUAAAUGCUUCCUUGCUGCCUGUGAAUGUGUUGGAUCUGCAUGGUCUCCAUGUGGAUGAAGCUGUGAAUCACUUGUCCAGAGUGCUGCAGGAAAAAAGUGAAGAGUACCAGCAGACUGGUGGUAAACCAUAUCUCUGUGUCAUCACGGGAAGAGGAAGCCAUAGUCAGGGAGGAGUUGCUCGCAUCAGACCAGCAGCUAUCAGAUACCUCACAAGCCACAACUUCAGGUUCACAGAAGUAAAACCAGGCUGCCUGAAAGUCAUGUUGAAUUGAAGGGCUGACAAGAAGAGGAAUAUAGAAACUGAGGUUUCGGAUCACAGCUAAAACUUUUCAAACAACUGCAUUAGUAUUUUGUAAUAUGUUUUAAAGGACAAUAUUUUAUUAGAAAUAGUCUCAUUUUACAGCAAGUUAUUUUGACAGUAUGUUUCCAAGGAAAUUUUUGUGUAAAAUGGAUCUUUUUUUGAACCUGAAAAAAGAAGACACUUGGAGGAUCUGAAGUCUCAGAAAUGCAGAUUAAGAAUUCUGCUGAGCAGUAUACGAUGUUUUAAAGGAAAGUUAAGGUACAAUUUUUUAACAUAACUGUCUUCUCAGCGUACCCAGUCUAUAUCUUUUGUCUCUCACACAUUUUAAUUGCUGUGGAUUCUGUGCUUUUAAAACAUGAUACCUUGUACAGUGAUAUUUUGUGAUUCAGAACUUCAUGCUGAAUCCUUCGGAAGAGCACAGGGGAGGUGAGAAUUCAGCAACUACUGAUCUAUAAAAUCCAAUUAUAGCUGAAUGCUAAAUAUUUCCAGGAUUCUUUAGAAAUCAGAUGUAGUCUUUUUUCGUAGUUGUUUUGUGAUGGAUCUGACCAGUUCACUUGUCCUUACUCCAUUCUAAACUUCUGAUACUGAUGGAAGUUGCAUAGAGAGGACUGCAUUAAGACCAGCUGUGUGUUCAGUAAUUUUGCAGACUUACUGUGAUCUGUUAAAGGGAAUAUAUGACACUGUAGUUCAACCUCUACUUACACAUAGCUAAUACUGUGAUUUUGCAGAAAUGCCCCUUUUUCAACACAUACUGGAUUAAAAGUGUUUCUCCUUUUAUGGCUUUUCAAAUGGAGCAAACUGAGUACUGUUUCACUUCACAGGUGUCUGAUAGUGAUGUGUCUUCAUUCUGUGUAUAUUAAAUUUGGUUAUUUCCUUGUAGAAAUUAUGAUUGUGAGACAUGUUAAAUUUAUUUUUAAUAUCAAAGUGAAUGCUAAUACUACAGUAGUAAUUGCCUAACUGGAAGGUCUGUGAGUACAAAAGUUGUUGUGUUGGUGUUGCAUCAGCAUCUAGAAAUACCUGUGUAAAAAAACCCCAAAACAACAACCCUCUCCCAGACAAACACCACCACCCCCUUCCCAAUUAAAUAUAAACAUCUGUACUUUGGCAAAUGUUUUCAGUAAGCAAUCAGAACAUUUUUAAAAUAGAAAUACAUUCUAGAAUACAUUACUUUUAUUGACAUCUUUGUCUCUUGAAAGGCAUAUGAAUUUUUAUUGUAAGGCUUUUUCAGAACAGGUAUGAAUGGUGUGUUAGGAAUAAUAUUAACAGGUUAAGGAUUAAUGAAAAUGUUGUUGUUUUUUUAAAUUUUAUUUUAUUUUAAACCACUUUUGCAGUAUUUUUUUUCCAGGAACGACAUGCACAAAGAAUUUGUGUAAGAAUCCAUGUGUGUGUGCAAAUUUUGCCAUUUGUGUGCAUGGGUAGUAGUAAGCAAGGAACUUGUGUGGGAAGAGCUGUGCACAGAAAGGGGUUUCACUUGAAAAUGUGUCCAUAUAAGUUGCUGACAAACUGAAAGACACAAUGUUUCCUGAAUAUCUGUAUUUACUGUAAUAUAUACACAGUGAAUGCAAUGGUACAGUAGACUAAAAAAUUAAUUUGUCAUGCUUCAACAGAUACAAUAAUAUUUUCAUGGCGAUUUCAAGUGGAAGAGCAGCUUGAAUAUUAUUUAAUCGAAGUGUCUCUUACUGGAAUUAUAGUGUCAUAAUAAGUUUUAUAAUUUUUGUGGGUACUUAUUUCAUCUGAAUUGUGUCCCUUUUUCCCUGGGCCUCUCUGGUAACCAGAGAGUGAAAUACAAAAGGUCUGUCAUUUACGCACUUGGACUCAAAACAGCAGUUCAGACUAUCAGCUCUCCAGGGUUGUAGAUGCUGGAAUUGCCUUAGUGGAGCUAGGAUCUUUCUCUUGGACCAAGGAACUUCCUUCUCCUCCUAAAUAGGUUUUCCUUAGUGCUACUGUUUAGAACAAAUGGAAGUGCAGCUGUCUGGGGCAGCUUUUUAAAGCCUAGUCCCUGUUGGUUGUCCUGGAUAGCUGAGUUGCCCAGCAAAGGUCCCAGUGUAUGCUCAGAAGUGUGGUGUGUUGAGCUACUGGGUGCCCAAACCCUACAGUGAUGUGCUUGUAAACAGGCAAAGUGAUGGCACUUAGAGUUGUUGUGGGAGGGGGCCUGAUUCACUCAGCAUGUUCACACCAUUCCCAACAUGGACAAAGACAGCUUAGAUUUCAGUUCAAAAGCUGAGCAGAAAAAGUUGUUGUCUUGCUCGUCUGUUCAUCGUAAUCUAGUUGUUGACAGGUUUACCCUGGAGAUAAGAAACAUAGCUUUUUACCUUUCUUCUAGCUUAGCAAGGGGCAGUGAUUGCACUUGACUUUCACUUCCCCAAAAAAUGCUCUAACCACUGUGCUCAGGGGUGUUCUUGAAGUUGCCACAAGCUAAAAAUGCAAGAACAAGCAGACAAAUGAGAUUGAAGAGUAAGAAAUGCAUAAACAGUCUCCAGAACAGGGCUAGGACUCCAGAAAAGAAGCUGUUCCCACUGAACUUAAGUGUUCCUCCAUACUAUUUCUUCAUCUCUUAGUCCUGUUUCGAUAAAUGCAUUAAAAAUGUUAAGAGCAAAACCUCAGCUCCACCUCUUACUAAGAGAGUGUUUUCUCGAGUCUAAGUCAGCAGAGGGAGUACCUCCCCUAAGAGGAAUUUGGAGUACUUCCUAGGUUGAGGUUCAUUAAGGUACUCUGAAUACCUUGUCUGCUUAUGGGUUGAUCAUUCACCUAGUAUAAGUUGUUUGAUUACAGGCUGAACUUUGAUAGAAAAUGAUGGUUUAAAAUUGUAACGUGGGCAGAACUGAUCUUGCCUUUAUUGAAGUUAGUGACAGCCUCUGACAGCUUCAGCAGCUCGAGGUGAGGCAUUGCAGUUCCAGCCUGGAGAAAAUAUUAUGAGCUCAGCCUUUUUCUUCUGCAGGAUCUUAAACAUGUGCUUAGAAGCUGUGUAGAGCUGGAUAUAGCAUGGAAGAGAAGAUCAAAGCACAGAGAGAAAGGAUGUAGACUUAUCUCCAUGUCUUGAGCUGCUUGCCAAAUUGUCCAGAAAAAAACCCACCAGACUUCUUGUAUUUCUUUGACUGUUUUUAUAAUGUAUAAUGGGAUGAAUUACAUCAAAUAUAAUUGUUUCAAAAUGGUAUUCCAAAGCAGGUUUCAUUUUAGAACUUCCAGCCUUUCUGAUGUCUUUGGCAGUUACAUCAGUGAGAAUCCUGAGGUAUUGUGUACAUUCUGUAUAAUUUUUAAAUUUUAAUUAAAAUUACUCUCAGCAGUAAUGCCACCAGCACUCUUGAGAUAAUGUGCAGCUGUUAAAAUACCUAUUUUGUGUACCACUUUUUAUUCUAAUCUUCAGCAGCAUGUGGUUGUGAUGACUGGUAGCCUCUAAUAUAUAACUUUUGGUUUAUUUUCUACAAAACAUUUAUCCAAAAUUUUAACUUAGGAAAAUGGUAUUUUUUAUACCAAAUUUAAUGCUUGUACUAGCAUUGAAGAGUAACCUUACAGUAAAGAAAAAAAAAAGGCCCAGAGGAGGAAUGAAGAAAGUUGUUCUGCUAAGUAAUGUGUUUAAAAAUAUAUUUUAGUUGAUUGUGAAAGGGCAAAAGUUAUUUUUAACAAAAUAUUUCAAGAUAAUUUCAUAAUACUUCAAUGCCUUUGGCUUUUGCUUUUAACAGUAUGUGGUAGAACAUUAUUUAAACUUUUAAUGUCUGUGUAAGUCUGUUGAAGGACACUUCAGGCAAAGUUUAACUGGCAUUUUUUGUGCCUAUUAGAAACCAUUGUGACUUGGGAACCUCCAUUUAAACAAUGUCCAGAUGCUCUAGUAAUAACCUAGAACAUCACUAGAACAUCUGGAAACUCACUGUUGGGAAUACAUAGGAUGUCAGGGAAGAUCUUUACAUAGCAAAACAUGUAUUGUAGAAGGCUUUACUUGAGGAGGUGAAAUGUAACCAAAUUGUUAUUUGAUCUUGCCACAAAAUAUGGUGGGCAGACAAGUGAAUAAUUGUAUUGCUUAUAAUGGUAAAGUAGGAUCAUGAUAAAUGUAAUACGAGAAAUUAUACAUAGACUUCACGUUGCUGCUACUGCUGCUUAUGUCUUCAAAUGCAAUUCAUAUUUCCAGAAUAAUAUUGCCCUCUUUGCAGAGCUGAGGAAAGGAUAAUGAACACUAUAACAAAGAAGAAUUAAUUGACUUACCACAAUUCCCAAGUAUCACCUUGUCUUAAAAAACUCACAAAACCCAACCAAAGCCCAACUCUUAAUGCUGUUUCAGCUGAAUAAACUGUAUAGGUUAUUAAAUGACUAUAUGUGAAUAUGCAUGUGAAAAGAUCUAGUAUUACAGCUACCAGUUGUAAAAGCUUUUAGGACCAGUACAUCGGAAGAUAUAAAUGUCUAUUUUUAAAUUAAAAUUUUAAAAGGUUUUUUUAUUUGUAUAAAGUUGUAAUUUUGCUGUUAACUUUCAUUUUUUACUGAAAUACAGUUUUGUAAUUUGCAUUGAAAAUUUCUAAUGUGAAAAGGAAUUUACAAAAUCUAGUUUAAUAAAGGAUUUUUGCCACAA